GCAAAAUAUCACGUAGAUCGUCUGCAGUCUUCCGUUUUAAUCAAUUGCAUAUAAGAGUCAUCAAGAAAGUGUCUCAAGAUUCAGUUUAAAUUGGUCAACCAUUGUGCGAGCGCGUAUUCAAAAUGUUUCAACCCAAAGGACUGGCCUUCUAUUUUACAUGUCUACUGCUUUGUCUAACUACGUUCAACUGCCUGUGCCAAGCUCUGCCCCUCGACGAGCUGAGUAGGGAGGAUGACCGCUUCAACGAGAUAAGCAGUGAGCUGGAUCGCAGGAUUAUUCCAGAGGUGGAUCGAAUCUUCAGCAGCGCGGAAGAGCCGACGGCCACGUCUGAGAACCCUAACAAUGCACUUCAAAAAAGCGAAGGACCGACCAGUGAAGCUUCCAAGCAUGCACAUUCUAUGCUCGCCUCCAUGAUGUCCUUUGUGAGCAGCGCAUUGCACUUUGGCAGGAGGCUUGUAAGAUAAUGCACUUAUUUUUAGAUAAAGUGUAAACAUCUCGUUAAAGCAAUCAAGUUGUUUGUUAACCUUGAUUACCUAUAUUUAAAAAAGAAAACAAAAACUCUUCUCCGACGUAAUAAACACAUGUUAAUUGGUUUUUCGGGCAA